CAACCUUUUCUUGUUAAAAACGCAAAAAAACACUUAUAAUGUGAGUCUCGUUAAGUGUGCACCUGACGAACGCUGAAAGCAUACUGACUUAGGCCCCGCCCACAAUGAUGACGUCAGGACCUAGUUGAAAAUCACAGUGCACAGUUGCUUAGGCCAGCUCCUCUUUGUUUUUCCUCCGUGGGUAAAACCUUACAAAUACGGUAGAAAAGCACUACAGCGCCCUCCAAUCUAAAUCCCAUUCUCUUUCCGCACAAACUCUACAAGGUAGAUUCAGCUAAGCAGUUUUACAAUAAAUACUCUUAUAUUAAAGUUGUACCUGGCCAUGCACUUAUUAGAUGAAACUUCUUAAUUAGAAAACGUCAAAAGGCUGAAAAACGUCAAAUCUUCUGGUUGUAUUGUCUUAGAGGUUUCAUUUGAUCGUUUCGUUUGUAAAUUCUAAGUUUGUUAAAUUCGUUAUGUGUGAGAAUCUCAAAACCGACCGUAUACGGUGCGACGCGUGCCGUACAAUAAAUUUGGCCAAUCACGUGAAAAUCCCAAAACCAAACAUGGAGAUAUACGAAAAGUGCAGUCCAACCCAAAGGAUAGACUGCUCGCAAAUACCUGAACUUCCGAUCCGACCUACAUGUAUCAAGGUUUGCAGUAAAGAAGAAUAUAAAUUGAGAAAAAGCGGCAAGAAAAUUACUGUCGCUAAAAUUCCUUAUCCACACGGAAAGCUCAUGUAUGCUGUAAAAGCUGGAAUCCUGGUAGGUGCCGUUUACUUCACGUACACACAAGGAGUAUGGGGCGAUCAACAAGACACAACAGAGUGCAUUCGCCGCUGGCAAGAAUACUUUCGGAGCAUCAAUACUAGACGACCACCAUCCUUCGAUCAAAACGGUCUCGUAAUCAAAAAGGAAAAUCAAGAACAUUUCUUGGCUCCGCUCUACAUGUUGUAUAAGGAAAUUGUCACCACAUGCUUCGCUGGUGUUGUCAAAGUGCCCCUUCUCAUAAAAUGCGCGUACAUGGACUACUUGAAAGCCCUAGAACAAAAAGAACAGGAAGCAGCUCUUGAGAGAAAAAUUAAGAGAAAAGGCUAAACACUUGUAGUGGUUCCGUUUGCUUAUUCAUAUAAUCUUUAUUGUAUACUUAGUUAUUAAAAUGAAACAUGAAUAAGCACAUAAGUUAUUGUAACAAGUAUUUAACUUUUUCACAGAUAUAAAACUUUUACUAAACAGUAUAAACUUGUUCUGAGUGUUGAAUCGAAUUAGGCUAGUAUCGCGUGGGAACAGAGAGUCGCCAUAGUCCAGUGAAAGGAUGGUGAUCAAAAUCAUAGAAAUCAUUAAAUAUAAAAAUACGUUACACUUAAUUAAAUAAAUGACAAAGAAUGUUACACUUUAUAACAAUGAACCGAAGAAUGAUUUCUUUAAAUGUUUUUCAGGUAUAGUCAAAUUACGGUGAUAAUUAAAAUAAAAAGACAAUUGCAAAUCAGGAUAAUCAGAUAAAUAAAGAUAAUUAAUUGCUUGCUCGUGGAGUUAAAAAUAGAAUGAAGCUUUUUUUACAGAUUUCCUAAUGUAAAUAGGGAGUUUUGUGUUACUCCAAAAUAUCUAUGGUAGAGAUCCUAGAAUCCAUGCUUUUAUUUCCAAUACAUAUAUUUCGUGAUCCUAAUCCUAAUCAUAUCAAGGUAAUGUAAGCGUGAUUGUGUCAUGUAAGGGUGUGUAAUCCCAUCGUCUUAAUGUCUUUUCGUACAAAGUCGCAGCAAAGAUAAAAAUAAAUCAAAAGUCAAAUACGAGUAUCUUAGGUUUUCUACUUCAUUUUUUCACCACUCAGCACAAUAAAGGGCACUAAUAUUGAAAAACUCUCUUGAUUAAAGAUAAUAAAACGGAAAUUCAAAAUAAUACGUAGAUACAUAUUUCUUUCACUUUCUUGAAUCGAAACCUUCAGCACACAGCUUUUUUUAUUUACAAAAUUCAAUUACUUUUGCUCAAUUUAGUUUUAUAUAACAUUUAUUGUAGGAAUUAUUUUAAUAGUUUUGGAGAAUUAUGUAUUUCUGUGAAAGACAAAAGAAAUAUAGAUGUGUAUCAAGCUAUUGCGCACAUGACCAUUAUUUACGGUUAUUUUUGUUAAACAAAUUGAAAUGGAACACCGGCGACUGUAUUUUGAUUAUUUUGUAAACUCAUACGAAAGUUUGUUGAGUAUUUCGUAAUAAAAUUAUUAGAAUCAUGUUGUAGUUUUACUUGAGCUGUGUUGUUAAGGAAACGAAUGCCUGAUAUGUUUGCCUUUUAGUUAGAAAUUCCAUAUGUUGCACUCAUAAAUAAAAACUAACCAAGUGCGAGUCUAGCCUAGCUCUACAGGGUUCUGUAAAAUCAUUUGUUAGUUUUCGUCACAACUUACAAAGUACAAACAUUAUGAAUCGGCUUUUUCAGUAUUUGUUGUUUAAAUACAGCAUGUGGGACAUCAUAUACCAAAUAUAUAGCAAUCUUAACUAGUUUUGGUUUAAAUUAUCGAAGUUUUCAUAUAGAACCCUAACUUUUUUUGGAAAUACUCUAUAGCCUUUGUUCAUCACGGGCAAUGUAAGAUUCUAUUCAGUCCAGUAGUUUCAGAGUCAAUUCAAUACAAACAAACAAACAUAUCUUUCCUCAUUAUUUAUUUCUUAGGUUUUCACGCACAUCACUCAUUAAAAUAAAACUAGUUUUAACGGAUUAAUGCACGAAACUUUAUUUAUU